GACCUGCCGAGCCUCUUUACAAUAAUCUCUCUUUCUCUUGCAAUCAUGACGUGAUGGCGUUGAUGAUACGCCAAGUUUGUUGGACCUCACUCUUGCAUACAGAUCCUCGUGGAAAAUCCAACCACCAGCACAAUUGGCAGCUGCAAUAAGUAAGCCAAAUUGAAAAUUAUUACCCCUACUGGAAUCCCCAACGGCAUUUGAAGAGCUGCUGACAUCAGCACCAGCUCCCCAGAACCCCAUGCAAAUCAGGUAGUAUGUUAUGUUUCUUUUACUGCCAGGGAAAAGCAACGCGCAGCUGCCACUUGAAGCACGCCAUUGAAAUGAGUGAUGCUGUUCCUGAAACCCUCCGAUAUAGCAACCUCCUGCCAGUGCCUACCGCAAUCCUGGCAUCAAUCCUCCCUCUGGUGUUCACAUCACGACUGCACACUCUUCUCACGCGAGUCAGGUCUGACAUAACACAGCCAACCAGCAGAUCUGGCUGCAAAUGCAGCUACAGAAACUCCUAAUCAGUGGACUUGUCCCUUCCACACACACACACCAGCUGUCAACGCGAUGUUGAACAACCGGCAGGCAAGCAAUCUGACUCGUUUAUGCAUCUUCCCUUCAAUCCAUUGACCAUGUGCUUCAGAAGCACACAACCCGGGAACUGCUGCAUGACAGCAGCAGCCACCCCGCCUGAUUCGCACAGACAAACAUGUUCCAAAACGCUGACAAUUCAAGAAAUGCACCAUUCUCAUCCCUGCGGCAGGGGCCAGACCCACCCCAUGUGUGCUGCCAACAAUGCCACCCAUUUUCAUUGUUGGGUGUUGAAGGUUCUUCAGAGUACACAAGUGCACCAAUCACUGCUCCUUGAAAGAUCACAUGAUGUCCUCAGUAAGGGUGACACGAUAUAAAAUUUGUCACCCAUCCU